AUGCAUAUUGUGAGAAGAAAUGUUCUUGGUUUCAUCCUGGAAAACUCAGAUUUUUUAGAUGCAGAAAUUGGUGUCCGAACUGUCUUUAUAAUUAAGGAUAGUGUGGGAGCAAAAGACAUGAAACAAAUGAAAGUGGGUCUUCUUGAGCUCUCCUUGGGAAAAUUCAGAAAUGUGCUUCUUAACCAGACCAAUCCAGUGGAAGCUGUAAUCAGGAACAUUGCAAACAAUGUGACUGUUGUUGUUUUUCAAAUACAUGCCCAGCAAAGCAACGUGAUGAUAUCCUUUGAUAAGAAUCCAUCUGUGAACAGCUCAGGAACUGGAGUAGACAAAGGGCUGGUUUCCAUCCUUCGGCCUCAACAGAGCGUAUGUACAUGGUACCUUCGAUCAUUGGAUGCUAACCAGGUGCUCAGCACAGCUAUCUCUAUUCCCUAUAUGGAAAAAGAUCCUAUUCCUGGGGGCUGCAAUCUAGAAUUUGACUUGGAAGUGGAUCCAAAUAUUUACCUAGACUAUACAUUGAUUGAUACGCACAUCAAGUUUGCUCCUGCCAACUUGGGCUAUGCCAGAGGAGCAACCCCACCAUCUUGUGAUUUGGGGACUGAUCAGAACUCCAGGUGGCGCCUGCGCUAUGAUGUCUACCAGUAUUUCUUACCAGAGAACAACCUUUCUGAGAUGGUGCUCAUGAGCCACAUACAGAAGAUGUCUGAGGUGGAAAGUAUCAAAGCUAAUGGCAUUAAAAUGCUUACGCUGACAACUGAUGACAAGACCAAUGUCUACUUUUCCUCACUUCCUGGGCAAGGUGUGAUCUACAAUGUCAUAGUAUGGGAUCCUCUUUGGAAUACUUCUGCUGCGUAUGUUCCUGUGCAUACGUAUGCCUGCAGCUUUGCUAACCUGGUGGAUAACUGCUCUUCUCUCAGUAAACUCUCUACCAAAGUGUUCUUCACUACUCUUGCUGUUCUUGGUCUUUUCACUUGCUUUUUUGGGCACAGAUUCUGGAAAACAGGCUUAUUUUUCAUGGGCUUCAUAUUCAUAGGAUUCUUCUUCUUUGUACUCAUUACUAGGGUAACUGGCCUUGUUUAUGAUGUGCGUCUUAUCUUGACAGCAGUAGCUGGAGUUACUGGAGGGUUUUUCCUGGUUGCAAGCUGGUGGAGAUUUGGCUCUGUCCUACUCUGUAUGUUUAUAACUGGGCUUGUGCUGGGAUUUCUCUUCUCGUCGACAGUCUUCUUUACUCCACUAGGAGACUACAGGGUCUUCCGUGAUGAUGUUGUGUUCUGGGUGACCUUUUCUUCUGUUGCAUUGCUGAUUCCAGUGCUUUUUGUUGGAUGUCCAAGAAUGUUGAACAUACUGGCCACUGGAAUAGUAGGCUCUUAUGCUGUGAUCCUAGCUAUCGCUUGUUAUGUCUACACAAGCCUUUCUUACAUCUCCUUAAACCUACUCAGAAGAGUUCUCAAUGAUUACUUCAGCAGAGCUUAUACCAAUGUGCCUUUUCAAACAAAUGACUUCAUUACUCUGUCAGUGUGGAUAAUGUUGGCCCUCAGCGGAGUAACUGUGCAGCUUCGGCGAGAGAGAAGUGAAGUGCCCUUCCCACCACACCCCUAUCUCACCUGGAAGCGGGAAAGGGAGCGCAGAAGCACCAACGUCCUAGACCCUAGCCAUCAUAUCCCUCCCCUGAGAGAGAGGAUCCAUAGCAAGCUGCUGCAUAUCAAAGAGAUUUUUCAGAAAGAGCAGCCAGCUGGGGAAAGAACUCCCCUACUCCUUUAA